AAAUAACUACUACUACUACACUACCUUACAUACAAAUGCAGCUAUUUGGAUGGGGGGAGUACUAGGUUGACAUGAGUGCACAGGUGGCAGUGGUGGUACACGUGACGUGACAGAUAUAUCGGUUUCUGGAGUUGAGCAGGAGAUCAAAAGGAUAGGAGAUGAUAACGCCAACUAAUGAUCCGCUGGUUGAAUCCUCCAGUCUUCUAACAUAUCGAUAAAAUAACGAAUAAUAAUAGCUUUUAAGGCCAAGCCCAAGCUCUAUAUGUCGUUAUCGUACCUUUUAAUGGUAGCUUUGGUUAUUUUACUAUGCCGCAAGCUUUGUAUAAUUUGAUAUCCACCAUUAAUAACUUUAUCACCUACAUCUGUCCAGAGACCGAGCCAACACGCACGGGCUAACUUACUCUCAUGCAUAUUAGAGCGAAUAGCUCGGAGCGGCAGUUCGAAAUUCGGUCUCCAUAACUCACGUCCGAAACUUCAAGGGCGGGCGGAUAAUCGCCCUUAUCGGUACGAGCACUGACCCGGGCGCCGCGCGCCGCCGCCGCCGGCCACAAAUCUUCCGUUUCACUCGCGCCCAGCCUCCGCGCGGUGCGAAGGGGAAAGCACGCUUGACAGCACGCGGCUGCGUAUACCGGCUACUCCCGAAAUAGCCUGCCCCCCGCGGGGGUCGCGCCAUCGACGUGCUUUUAGUAUGCUGCGCGCAUGCGAACCGCCCGCACCCUUCUACGCUCCUAGUGCUAAAAACAACUUUGUUAUGUGAUUUACAAAUAGAACUAGCAAAAAAAUAUAAGUUUGUAAAAUUGUUUACGUGUUCUGUGCUGUAUAGCAUGCUGUAGACGAAAAAAUGGUGGCGAUUCUUGCAAAUCCAAAAUGGAGCGAAGACUUGACAAUACAGAUGAUAAUCGAAUACGAGAAGCGUGAAUAUUUAUGGAACCCCGUGUCGGAGCACUACAAGAAUAAGAAGAUAAGGGAACAGGGUUACGUGGAGAUUAUUAACGCGUUGAAUUUGAUCGAUGUGACAGUGAAGGAGUUGAAGAAUAAGAUAAAAAAUAUCCGGUCGUCGUACAGCGUCGAGUUGAAGAAGAUUCGCGCGGCGCGGAAGGCUGGCGCGCACGCGUACCGGCCGAGCGUCACGUGGUUCGAACACGCGGACAGGUUCCUGCGAGCGAUCGUCACGCCAAGUUCUGUGGAUAACUCGUUGAUGGAGAUCCCAGUGAGCGAUGACAGCGAUGCCGUCCAAGACCUCAGCGAGAGAAAGUCUCCCGAAAAGAAAACGCCGCGGAAACGAAGAAACUCCACUCGCUCCAACACGCCUUACGUGCUCAACACUCCAUCGCCGCGCCCAAACACACCCUUCGGCUUGAAUCCGACGUCUGCCGCAUCACCGUUCACAAUUCUCACGCCGUCCUCAACGCCUUUUCUGAAUCCUCCAGUUGGUAUUGCGACACCGUUGACACCGGCAUCCCUGGCCACAAUAUACCCUUUGCCAUCGAAACAAAAGAAGCUCAACAACAAUGAAGACUCAAGAAACGGUGACCACUCGGACGUGCCACAGGAUUUAAGCCAACACUCGGAACAGGGGAAUGAAAAUGAGUUCGAAAUGUUCGGCAAACUGAUAGCCAGUCAGCUGCGCAAAUUGCCCCUCAGCCUAGCGUUGGAUACGCAAUUAAAAAUUCAAACCUUGGUUAACGCCGCCCGGAUACAGGCGGUCUACCAACAGUACAGUUAUGCAGGGCCGUCGCAGGAAGCUUUGUCAGUCCAGGCAUUGUCUAAUGGCAUUUUGACAUCAAUGGCGUCGCAGAGUCCAUUUGGGCCGAGAGGCGUUUUGGGAAUCCGGAAUGAUUCUCCAGACGACAUGACGCUAAAAGAUGUAUCGGGCGGUUCGGACGCCGAAGACUUAGCUUGAAUUCAUGCAGGGAUUUUAAUCUUCUAGGUGUUAUAGACUCUUUGUGUUUAGAUGUGGAUUUUAAAUGUGAUAGAAUAGAUUAGAUUGAUGUUUAGAUGUCACUGGAGGUCAAAGUCAAAAGAAAACUUGUGAUUUUUAAGAUCUCAAUUUAUCUAUGAUCGAUGUUUUAACUAUUAUAAGCGAAUGUAUCAGUUUCGAACUGGUUCAAAAGGUUUAACAAUCCAUUGUAAUGUUUUUUGUCUCGUAAAUCUUACAUUGAGGGUUUCAUUUUUAUUGAACAUGUAAGAUUUCUUUACUUUUGCACAGAAAUGUUAUAAAGUUUUUUCUCAAUAAGCCUAGUCAUUGUCUUAAUAUUUGGAUGUCGUGAUAUUUUAUUAUAUUUUUUGGCUGUGUUUAUAAGGCAUUUUAUAAUUUUAUUUAAAGGUAGAAGUAUGUAUUUUACCAUAUAUACCAUACAUCUAAUAUUUGUUGUUAAUAGAACGGAUAAUAUUUAUACUGAAAAUCUAAUUAUUUACAAACUUAUUUUAUGAUUUAUGCCAUAAAUGUGUUAAUUCAUAGAAAGACAUUUUAUAGGGUUAGAAGAUUUUAUAAAAUAUUGGUGUUACUAAAUGUGAUGGACAUUACGAUUAUAAUAAUAAGAAUCCCACGCCGAUUAUAGAAAUAAUAAUAAAAAAAUACCUCAAUUAGACAACUACAAUUUUAACGUGUUGAAUUUACUAAAUAUCUUGUAGUCUUUUCAGAAUUUGGAAUAUUAUACGAUGUUAAUCAAUGUGCCACAUAGAGAUACAGAAUUUACCUAUAUUAUUACUAUAAUACAUGAAUAAAUAAAGUUUUAUAAACGUG